CACCCUCAGAUGCCACCCGAAGUCCGGAAUGCCAAAUUGGCGAUCCUGACCUGUCCGUUCGAACCGCCGAAGCCGAAAACCAAACACAAACUUGAUAUCACGUCGGUCGAAGAGUUCAAGCGGUUGCAGCAGUAUGAAAAGGACAAGUUCGCCGAAAUGAUCCAGCAACUAAAAGAUGCGGGCGCCAACCUUGCCAUCUGUCAGUGGGGUUUCGAUGACGAGGCCAACCACUUGCUUCUGCAGAACAAUCUGCCGGCCGUGAGAUGGGUUGGCGGACCCGAGAUUGAGCUGAUCGCGAUUGCAACCAACGGACGGAUUGUUCCACGAUUUGAAGAUCUCACACCGGAGAAACUUGGAACUGCGGGGGUGGUCCGGGAGAUGACGUUCGGUACGACGAGAGAGAAGAUGCUGGUGAUCGAGGAAUGUGCGAACAGCCGUGCUGUGACUGUGUUUGUGAGGGGCAGCAACAAGAUGAUUAUUGACGAGGCCAAACGUUCGCUCCACGACGCUCUCUGCGUUGUCCGCAAUCUUGUCCGGGACAACCGGGUUGUGUACGGUGGUGGUGCUGCGGAGAUUGCAUGCUCUAUUGCGGUUGAGGAUGCUGCAGUGAAGAGCCCUGGUAUCGAACAAUACGCCAUGCGGGCCUUCGCCGAUGCUCUGGAUUCGGUGCCCCUGACGCUGGCCGAGAACUCGGGCUUCAGUCCGAUCGAGACGCUUGCGGCGAUUAAGUCACGGCAAGUGAAGGAGAAGAAUCCGAGACUGGGUGUGGACUGCAUGGGAACUGGCAAUAACGAUAUGAGAGAGCACUUUGUGAUCGACCCUCUUAUUGGCAAGCGUCAGCAGCUGCUGCUGGCUACUCAGCUGUGCCGGAUGGUUUUGAAGUUAGAAAAUCGUCGCAACCAAUUCGCAUUUUCUGCCAAAUGUCAAUCUAUUGCUCUCCGUAGUCCGUACUACGAAUGGAACAGUGGAAUAGUGAGCCUUGACUUGAUUGACAAAUUUACUUUCCUCCUUUCUCUCCGUACUCGACACCGUACUCCGUACCAAGUCUACGGUCUAGCAACCCCUGAAAAUAGCCCAGCCCCUUGGGCACCUGGUACCUGGUACCUGGUUACCAGGGCACCGUAUUACCUCCUAUCUACGGACCGCUCCGUGAUCAGGGGUAGAUUACUAGAUAGAUCUGUUCCAGGAGGCUGCCCAUCCUUAAGGCUACGGGAUACCUUCUCGGUCCAUGAUCCAUCGAUCCUUCAAUCUUUCGUUCGGGUCGAAUGUAUGGUACCACACUUGUAG